AUGAUUUGUCAAGCUAUGAACGCUCAGGAGCUUGUAGUUGCCGCAGCCCGUCAAUGUUUGUCCACUGGAAGGAAAUCUCUCUCCGUCCCUCAGAGUCUUAACGUGGCUGCUCAACUCUUAGCAGUUGAUUUGGCCCUCAAACCCGCUCUGUUGUAUGACGCCAACAGCGCCAGUGCAGAGCAGGUGCAUCGGUUCUUGCGCUCGUGUCAGUCGUCCCGGCUUGUGUCUGGAUCCCUUGUCACCUUGGACUUGAAUGGUAACAGCCUCAUCGUUAACCUGGUUGCGGUGCGAUCCAAUCUAGAGAGGAUGCUUGACAACGGUGGUCCUGUGGUGAUUGACGUUUGCAGCUCACUGGAGAAGCCAGCCAUCAUGGAGCCUGUCAGAGCAGGGCUGAAGAGCAUUGCAGGAGCGCUCCUUUCACUCCUAAAAAGGUUUGAUACCACAAAGGAUGCGGACCAAGGCGUUUAUGUGGCAGAAGGAUCAGAUGUGUGGAACUUGAGCACCGUCUUCGGACUGUUGCUGGGUUACCCUGCCACAUACUGGUUCGACCAAACCAAGAGCUUUGAAAACUGUCUUGCUAUGACCCCCUUGAUGGUGACCAAUGCAGCUGCAACAUGGCCGGCAGAUACCAAUAGCCAUAAAUGUUGUCUGUAUUCAUUCAGCAUCCCCGCCCUUCUACAUAAUGAGACCUUUUCCAACGUGGAGAAGUGGAAAUUUGGCCUUCAAGAGAGAUUCCAGCAGCAAAAUGUCCUAAAAGAGCUCACUAUUUGUCAAACUGCAGUCACUCUGCCGUCACUCUGCUUGUGA